AGCCUUCCCGGAAGUGAUUAGCCAGAAAUAACAUGGCUGCUCCCAGUAUCUGACCGGACACUACACGCUGAACGCUGAACGGUCGGCACCAUGCAGUCUGAUGAUGUUAUCUGGGAUACCUUAGGGAACAGACAAUUUUGUUCUUUCAAAAUAAGAACCAAGACUCAAGGUUUUUGCAGAAAUGAGUACAGCCUGACUGGACUGUGUAAUCGAUCAUCGUGUCCCCUGGCAAAUAGUCAGUAUGCCACAAUCAAAGAAGAGAAAGGACAGUGCUACUUGUAUAUGAAGGUUAUAGAACGAGCAGCAUUUCCGAGACGUCUUUGGGAACGGGUUCGACUUAGUAAAAACUACGAGAAAGCACUGGAGCAAAUUGAUGAAAAUCUUAUAUACUGGCCCCGUUUUAUUCGACAUAAAUGUAAGCAGAGAUUCACCAAGAUCACCCAGUAUCUAAUUCGAAUUCGAAAGCUUACACUAAAGCGACAGAGAAAACUUGUUCCUUUGAGUAAGAAGGUUGAGCGGAGAGAAAAAAGAAGAGAGGAAAAGGCACUAAUAGCUGCUCAGCUAGACAAUGCUAUUGAAAAGGAAUUGCUGGAGAGACUGAAACAAGAUACGUAUGGUGACAUCUACAACUUCCCCAUUCAUGCCUUUGACAAAGCCUUGGAACAGCAAGAGGCAGAAAGUGACUCUUCAGAAACUGAGGAAAAAGAUGAAGAUGAUGAUGAAGAUGUGGGAGAAAGAGAGUUUGUAGAAGAUGAUGAAGUGGAUGAAAGUGAUAUAAGUGAUUUUGAGGAUAUGGAUAAGCUGGAUGCUAGCAGUGAUGAAGAUCAGGAUGGUAAGACCUCCAGUGAGGAAGAAGCAGAAGAAGAAAAAGUACACAAUGCCAAACACAAAGGCAAAACCCCUGUCAAAAAAUCUUUGGGAAAACGCGCCUACGUGGAAAUAGAAUAUGAGCAGGAGACAAAGCCUGUGGCUAAAGUCAAAACCACGUGAUUGUCCUGCCAUUUAUAAAUAGGACUAAACACUGAACUUUUUCUUUCUUUUCAACAUAUAUACACCUCUAGUUUUUACUCUUUGUUAUAUUUAACAAAGUAUCUGUGGUUUAUAAAAAGAAAUAUAUUUAUUCCCUCUGGGAUGAUAUGGAAGUGGGUGAAUGGAUUUACACAAUAUUUUUAUAUAUUGGCAUACGUGUUACAGUAACAGCUUGAGCCCAAGAAGUUUAACAGAUGAAUUUGUGGGUGUAAAGAAGUUGUAAAUUGUAAAUGUUGCCCCUUUUUCUUGGUAUAUUUUCCCACCGCCAAGUUUAUUUAGAGAUGUCUAAACCAGUUUUUUUUUUCCUCUCACCUUUCCCUCUUUUGUUGGGAGUAAAAUAAAAGGAAAAAUGAAGAUCUC